ACCGCCUCGUCGUUCCCUUCCCCCCACGACGACCAACUUACUCGCCAGGUCCUUGCUGUGCCAGUCAUUCUGGAAUCGCGGAGGCGGUCCACUCCUUCCCCGAUCUCUUUCCACCGGCGCGGCCAGUGCGUAUACGUAUCCUGCCCUCGUCUGUGCUGCCUGUCGUCCGUCCCCGCCUCUGCUGCAUCUCCGCACUCCUGCACUGCUCCUGGACGCCGUCGCUUGCAGUGCGACCCCCUUCAAGUAGCUCAGUGCUCGUUUGUCCGGAUGUUUAGCUGCCCUUGAUUGCUUCCCCCGUCCCGCGAUCUACUCGUGAUCCUCGCGUACCUUCCGCAGACCUCUUGACUUCGGCGGGAUGAAGAUCGGACCCGCGCGCCGCACGUCGUCUCGCGUGGACGGACCUGUGAAGAAGGCUCUCUUGAUCGGCAUAAACUACACCAACGCACCUCCCCAUCCGGAGUACCAGCCGCUAUGCCAUGCUCGGGAUGAUACGAAGGAGUUCGCGGAUCUUCUGAUAGCGAAAUAUGGGUACCGGCGGGAGAACAUUGUCAUGCUUCUGGACGAAGAGGGAGUGGACAUCCGCUACGCGCCCACAAGGGACAACAUUCUUCGCGAGAUACGCAAGUUGGUGUACGGUGCCCGAUCGGGCGAUAGCUUCAUGUUCUAUUAUUCCGGGCACUCGGGUCAGGUCGAAAGCCCAAACACGGAGGAAGACGACGGGAUGGAUGAAUAUCUCGUCCCCGUCGAUCACUGGCAGUAUCCGGAAGAGGCGGCGAUGAAGAAGCGGAUGAUCCUCGACAACAAGCUCCGCAAGUUGCUCGUCGAUACACUCCCCAACGACGCGAAUCUCACCGCGAUCUUCGACUCGUGCCAUUCUGGAACGUUGCUUGAUCUCGAUCACUAUCUGUGCAACAACGUCUACUUUCCGUGGAGCAGCCCCGGCUUCCGCAACCAGAGGACCAUGUGGAGGCAAGUUCGUCGUAAGAACGGUUAUCGUAUGAGCCAAGCGGGAGUGAAGGUUAUCACGAAGAAGCUUCCGUCGUCGUCCGGAGCGGGAAGGCAGCAGAGUCCGCUCAGUCCACUCAGUCGCAAGACUUCCACGUCUAGUGUGCGCAUAUACCAACGCAAGCGAGUCAGCCAAGACGAGGUCCUCGUGAUGAACACGUCGGUCGGGAUCUUCGACACCGACGACGGCAAGGCUCGGCAAUUCUCGAUUCGCACCCAUCCCAAAUCCGUGCAGCGCCGGCCGAGUUCGAUGCUCUCUCAGCUGCUCGAUGGUUGCGAAAGCAAGCUCUCUUUGGACGAUUUGGAGCGGGGUAUCGGUACCGUUAACGAAGACUACGAUGCACCUAUCUGCUCGUCGCCCACGGACAUGCGGGUAUGCAACGGCUGGUGUGACAAGUCGCAGAAGCCGUCGGAACCGAAGCCACAAGGACCGAACGUUGUCUCCAUCUCAGCCUGCGGGGAUUCUCAGAUGACCUGGGACUCCAAGAAGCACUCGUUCACGCACUCCCUCAUCGAGAUGCUCAAACUCCAGCCUCACCAGCCCCUCGGACAGCUCAUCCAGUCUUUAACAUACCAGCUGCAUGACCAUUCCCGCAAACUUCAUACAUGGAGCAAGAAGCGCAGGGACAGCUGGAAGCAGCGUUCGAAGGGACAAGCCGGCGAUCCUGGCGCGCAGGAUACUGUAUAUGAUGAACUGGAGACUAUGCUGGAGCUUGAGAACUUCACUGAGCCCCAGAUUGGCAGCUUGAGAACCUUGACGCUCCAAGAACCAUUCAACCCAUGAUCCUUAACUUAUUACUGCCCCAACACUAUCAACCUCGCACAUCACCACCGCCUCACUCGCCUCUUGGACCGCACUGCAUCAUCUCAUCGCUCGCUCAUCACCCAACACUACAUCGCCAUACCUCAACCUCGUCUAAUCUCUGCUCUUCCUGCACCAUCUAUCCUUGCUCUCCA